UUCUGUGAGAGGUGGUGACGAUGUCAUUUUGCCGCUUGCACAACACUUUGAAUCGCACUUUAUGCAGCCGGUCGAGUGAUUAUUCAGACGCCUAUGCUGUCGGCUGACAGCAGCUCACCUUAAGGAUGGUGGGAUGCAUAAAAUUAGGUUUCAUAGUGACGGAAGGCGUUCUCACAAUGAGAGUCUGCACCCGAGGCUCUUCGGGCCUCUUUCGGUGUUUAACUCUGACACUGGUGGAUGACGGAAACGUACAUCAACCUCCCACUUCUUCUUCUAUCCUUCACAGCCGUCGCUUGACCACGAAGCUUUUGCACCAUCAUUACUGAUUCAGUCAGGACUUUGCCGUCCUUUAUCCUGGCAUGGCGGAGAAGGAUACGGAGGCAAGCAAGCCUACACAAAUCCCAUACCUUCGACAAGUCUUCGACCAGGCCGGCGUGACGCCUGAAGUUGAGAAUCACCAUUACGAUGGAUCUGGCACUGAAGACGAUCCAUAUGUUGUUGGGUGGAUCGAGCACGACCCUCGGAACCCCAUGCGCUACUCGGAUGCGAAGAAAUGGGCUUUGACUGCUCUUGUCGCCAUUGCUACGCUAGCUGUCGCAUUCGUUUCCAGUGCCUACUCCGGCGGUGCAGAACAAAUAGUCAGGGAGUUUGGCUGCAGCGAGGAGAUCUACAUUCUCGGUAUCACCUUCUUUGUGCUUGGCUUCGCAAUUGGGCCGUUGCUGUGGGCGCCACUCUCGGAACUCUUUGGACGACAGCUGCUUUACGUUACCACUUAUGGCUUCUUGACGGCAUUCAAUGCCGGCGCUGCUGGCUCGCAGAACAUCCAGACCCUCAUCAUACUGCGGUUCUUCGCUGGCGCGUUCGGAUCUAGUCCUUUGACCAACGCUGGAGGUGUCCUUGCGGAUAUCUGGCCGGCUAAGACGAGAGGUCUUGCCAUGUCGCUCUUCGCAGCCGCACCGUUCAUGGGACCUGUACUUGGACCCAUUGUGGGCGGCUUCGUAGGUGAAACCAUCGGUUGGCGCUGGGUGGAAGGGAUCAUGGCAAUCUUCACCGGUGUUCUUUGGAUUGCUGGUAUCUUCCUUAUCCCGGAGACAUACCCGCCAGUCCUAUUACGGAAACGAGCUGCCAAGCUUAGCAAAAUGACUGGGAAGGUCUACCGAAGUCGUGGCGAUGUCGAGCAAGGCCCGACAACCUUCGGUCAUGUCUUCAAGACGUCGCUCUCACGUCCUUGGAUUCUGCUAUUCCGUGAGCCCAUUGUGCUCCUGCUUUCGAUCUACAUGGCAAUCAUUUACGGCACUCUGUACAUGCUGUUCUCGGCCUAUCCAAUUGUCUACCAGCAGUACCGUGGCUGGAGUCCCGGCAUUGGUGGGCUCGCAUUCCUUGGUGUUGCUGUGGGUAUGAUAUUCGCAGUGGCUUACUCAGUCUGGGACAACAAGCGGUAUGGCCGCAUCAGCGACGAAUACAAAGGCUUCGCUCCGCCUGAAGCACGUUUACCCAUCACUAUGAUUGGAGGCGUGGCGAUACCGAUCGGACUUUUCUGGUUCGCGUGGACGAACUAUCCGAGCAUCCAUUACAUGGCCUCGAUAUCAGCUGGCGUACCGUUCGGAUUCGGCAUGGUUCUGGUGUUUUUGGGCAUCAUGAACUAUCUAAUCGACGGUUACACCAUUUUCGCGGCAUCUGUUCUUGCAGCCAACUCUGUGCUACGGUCUGUCUUCGGUGCAGUCUUUCCACUCUUCACGACGCAGAUGUACAACAAACUUGGCAUCCACUGGGCAUCAACUCUUGUGGGCUUCUUGGCGUUGAUUUGCGUACCGAUGCCCUUCUUGUUCUACAAGUUUGGUUCGCAGAUUCGACAAAGAUGCAAGUACGCUGCAGAAUCUGAAGCCUUCAUGAAGCGUAUGCAGAAGGGUAUGGAAGAAGACGAGGAGGAAGAUCCGGCCGAGGAAGUAGCAAGCGAUGCCGAUACGGCGGUUGCCUCACCGCAUGAAGAUCGUGCGGAGCGGGAGAAGGAGAAGCAGGAAGAGCGCGAAGAGGAAGAGCAGGAAGCUAUUGACUACUCAUACGAAGAAGAGCGCCUGCCAGAAGGUGGUCGUUUUCAGCAGAUCAAGACGGGCCAACGACGACCGAGUUUGGCAAAGAGGCAUACCUCGUAUGAGGGCAAUCCCUUCGAUCUUGAUCGCGUCAACACACGCGAGACUUAAUGUAUAUCUAUGAACGCUUCUUUUACCGUAUUCCAAAGAUCCAAGCGGAUUGCAGAAACCGAACCUGACCGUGUCUGGCAACACUCUACGCAAUCAUGUUCGCUCCAUCCAAUUGACUGACACCCGCCGCGUAAGCGUCGUCUCCAGACAUCUCGUGCAAACGCCAUGGUCGACAUAGGACAUUCCGAUCAACCGCGACCCAAAUGCUUCUUUACGCAUGCUACCAUCCCGUCACAUGUGGACCAUUCGCAGCCGUCGACGAAGAAGAAGCCGUUAUCUACGGUCGAAAGUUACAAGUUCU